AUGGCGAUGGCGACGUACAAUGACAUUCCCGGACCAGCGCUGUCGCUUCAUCAACCUCGUAGGCGGCGCCUUCGUGGUCGGCGCAGGUUGCGGCUCUGCCUUGCACUUCAUCAGGGGGUUCCGCAGUUCGCCCAACGGUGGACUUCUCGCAGCCGCUCGCGUGUCCAUGGCCGUACUCUGCGCCUUCGACCGACCGCGAGAUGCGAAUGA